UGGCAAUACUGUUGUCUAUAUGUACGAACGUUUUGAUUGAAUAUUCUUAAUUUAACAAGAAAGAUGUCCUUAUUGCGCUGUGUUGCCGGUGUAAUAGCACUUGCGAGGCCCAUUAACAAUGCCAGUACAAUUCAAACACAGCGACACUUUAAACGCUGGGUCUCACCAACGUUACGUGAACUAGCACACCGGGUUAAGAAACAAGGACCACAGAAACCGGAGCCACGCUCUGGAUUUGUUGAAUGGAACUAUCGCUCUGAGCUGUUUGCUUUCGGUAAGCGAUUGAAUGAGGAAUUCCAGUUGCCGUUGCUGCAGGCAGCAUUUACGCAGCGCACAUAUGCGCACCAGGAACAGGAGCGCCAGCGAAAGCUGGGCAUUGCGGAAGCGGAUCUGCAAACAGCCGACAACAGCCAACUGGCAGCCAAAGGCGCACACAUUGCCAAGGCCUAUGUGGAAGCCUAUUUGCAGCAUGCGCUGCCCAAAGUGCCAUCGGCUGGACAUCAAGCAAUUGCAGCGUACCUGCUAGGCACUGAAACAUUAGCUCAUGUAUCCACUCACCUGGGAACCAAGGAGCUCAUCUUUUCCACAGAGUAUCCACCAAGCAGCGAAACACUGGCACAAACUCUGCAGGCGAUAAUUGGAGCGCUGGCUGAUUCGAGUGGCGUAGAGCGCGCAUUUUUAUUUGUGCGAGAUUUUAUUUGCACACAACUUAAUCAAAAGGAUUUGCUUGAGAUAUGGACACCAGAGCAACCACUGCAGUUACUCAGUGAAGUCUGCACACAACGGCAAUUGGGUGAGCCGGAGCCACGCUUGUUAGGCGAUUGCGGCAAAAAUACUGUGCUGGCUGCAAUCCAAGUUGGCAUUUACGCUAAUCGCCAAUUGCUGGGCAAGGGAUUUGGAGAGAACGUGCAGACGGCUACAGAGACGGCCGCUAUCGAUGCAUUGCAAACGGUCUUCGAAAUGCACGAAAACCGACGUCCCUUUGACUUUCGGAUGCAACUGGAGGCCAAAAACGUGAAGCUGGGUUAGCUUGGGUGUUGCUAGUCAAU